UACCGCUAGUCAAGUGGCGGUACUUUUUUAUAAUUUCCUGCUCUAUUUUUAUUAAAUAUGAAGUGGAUCAUCUUUGUCUGUCUCUUUGGACUAGCUAUGUCUAAGCCUACAUAUGAGCCCAUAAAUUUAUAUUACCAUGAGACGAUAGGUAUUCCGAAGGCGACUGCGAUUAAGAGGAGUGAAGAAUCCUCUGAUUUCAGUGGUAACAGAAUCAUUGGAGGGUCGGCAGCCGAGUUGAUGCACGACCCUUGGUUUGGCGGUCUAAUUAUUACCUUAAGGUCCGGUUUGAUCUCAGUCUGUGGAUCGUCGCUGCUCUCAAACACCAGAGUUAUCACAGCAGCUCAUUGCUGGUUCGAUGGCAGGAACGUAGCUGAUAAUGUUCUUGUAGUUUUGAGUUCACUUAGACUUUUCACUGGCGGCAUUAGGAUUCCCACUAGUCAUGCUGAGAUAUACCCCGGCUACAAUCCCCUUAACCUGAACAAUAAUAUCGCUGUAUUGACGAUUCCAUAUAUUGCAUAUACAAUGCACAUCAGAAGCAUCCCACUGCCAUCGGGUCCUGAGCUAAACAACCAUUUCAACGGCGCCGUUGCCACAAUACCUGGAUAUGGACGCCAAACUGAUCUUGCUGGUAUUUCAAUGGAUCAACGACUACAUCGCGUAGAACUCAACGUGAUUUCCAAUGACGUCUGCCAAACAUUUUUCUCACCGUCAAUUGUGGUGGCCUCAACGCUCUGCACCCAAAACAUCGGCAGGGGCAUAUGUGAUGGCGAUUCUGGUGGUCCACUGGUCACUAGAAAUAUGCUGAUCGGUGUUGCAUCCUUCAUCCCUGCUGCAGGUUGUGAGCGCAAUUUACCCGUCGGUUUCAGCAGAGUGACCAGCUUCGCAGCUUGGAUAAACUCGCGUCUUUAAAAUGUCUGGUUUUUUCCUUUGGCUAAUGAUUAAAAAACUUUACAUAAAUAACUAAAUAGCAAUGAAAUUAUAUAGUUAAUGGCGCGUCGACAGAAUCGGCCGAAUGCUAUCUCGUUUUCUAUCGAGUUGCAAUUGACUUCUAAACGACAAUUCAUUCGAGUUCAAUGAUUUCUAAACGCAUAUUGACGCAAUACAGGACAUUGGUAGAACAAGCCUGCGCUUAUAAUUAUCUUCAAAAAUCCAAAUAUACAAUCCAUAUGUACAAUUGGUUCUUGCAAGUCUGCAUCGAGCAAAGAGACGAAAGUGAGGUUUGUGAAAUUGCGUCAUUUUUUUAAAUUUUAUAGAAUGCCAUCAUUUGCAUGUAGAAAAAUGGACUAAUUUCCAUGUUUAAGUAAAUAAAACCCAAGGAAUCACACACCAUGUGCAAGUUAGCAAAAAUUUACAUUAUUGCUAUAUUUUAAUUAUUUUUCUGUUUAUUCUGAUAAAUAACAGUUGCUAAUCAAAGGUAGAGAUAGUAAAUUAUUUCUGUAGUGUGUCUGAUAAGGAACAUGCACUACGGUCAUAGAUUAUGACUAGAUGUUAACAUUGUAGGCAGUAAAGUCAUCAAUUAUUCUGUUAUACGUUUUCCUAUUAUAGA